UGACUGCCGUACCCCGCUGUGAGUGACAGAUUUACUAAUGUGCGUGGAAUUUGACACACACGUGUCAAUAUUGUCGUCACACAGCUUCGUGGGUGAGUACAAAACGGUAGCACCGGAUGCGUUCGUCAGGUAAUUGUAAUGGGUAAUCACUGAUGAAAAAAUGGGCAUUGGAAAGAGUCAAUUUAGUGAGGAGGAACUCCAGGAUUAUCAGGACUUGACUUACUUCACGAAGAAGGAGGUGAUGUUUGCCCACCAAAAAUUCAAGGCUCUUGCCCCAGAGAAAGUUGGCCACAACCGAAAUGCUAAACUUCCCAUGGCAAAGAUACUACAGUAUCCUGAGCUGAGAGUCAAUCCGUUUGGAGACCGAAUCUGCAAAGUUUUCAGCUCCAGCCAAGAUGGAGAUUGUACCUUUGAAGACUUUCUUGAUAUGAUGUCUGUGUUCAGCGACGCUGCCCCUAAAGCUGUAAAAGCUGAGCAUGCAUUUCGAAUAUUUGAUUUUGACGGAGAUGAUAUGCUGGGUGUUGGGGAUCUUAGGCAAGUUGUGGAUAGACUGACCACCCCUCAGCGGUUGAACGAAGCUGAUAUGCAGCAACUUUUGCAAUGCCUGCUGGAAGAAGCUGACUUGGACGAUGACGGAGCAUUGAGCUUUGCUGAGUUUGAGCAUAUUAUUGAAAAAAGCAGCGAUUUCUCAAAGUCAUUCCGCAUACGUUUAUAAUAAAUGCAAACAACAAACACCUGAGAAGCAAACGCCCACUAGUCAACACAAGACUGAGAAACGCACUGAAAAUCGAUGAUACUCUUUUCGUCAGCGCUCAAAGGCCUAAGCCCUCCGCCCUCGUUUCGUUUACUAAUUUGGUGUUAACAACUUGGAAAAUUUUCUUUUUUAAUUAAGCCCUGACCUUGCAUUUUUUACUCUAAUGCACUCACAGGUAAAAUCGUUGCAUCUUCGGAACAUUUCAGCUUAAGGUGUACAGGAAAAUUCUGAGAGAAAAAUAUGCAUUAUUUUUAUCAAUUGCAGAAGAAAUGGCAUCGUCAAUUCUCCGAAAGGAUGCCAAUUAGUCAAUUGAGAUUUUUCGUUAUUGUCAUGUUUUUAGUACAAUUUCGUUACAGAUGUUAGUUUAGUAUUUUGUACUCCAGUAAGCAUUUACAAUUAUACAUGUAGUUCCAUAUGAGUAUGUAUGUAUUUGGAGUUAGGAUUAGUCAAAUCUUGACACAGAUCUCAAUUUUUAUUGAUAGACUAUUAAUUCAUUGACUAUUUAUCUUGAAAAAGUAUGAUCAGUUUUAUACAAUUAUACAAGUGCACAAAAUUUUUAUUCAAGUUGCCAAAUACCCAGAUUUACGAAUCUGAGAGUUAGAGUAAUAUUUUAAGCAUAGAUAAUU